AUGCAGCUCAGCACUACCAUUCUGGCAGCGGCCGCUGCCAGCCUCACCAGUCCCGUCGCACCUCCCUCGCCGAGCUCUGUCCCUUCCUCUAUCAUUCUCAUUACUACAACAGCCAAUAGCUUCAAUGGCUCUGCCAACGCCAGUCUCCCCCUCAAGCACGGCCCUAGCAAUCAUCUCCUCACCAGCAACCACAACUUCUCCAAGACCUGCACCAACAUCCACGGUGACUUCAUCGACACUAUCGUCUGGGCCUGCUGUAGCAACACGAACGGCAGCUGGUCCCAGAACCGCUUCCGUCUCGGCCAGUGCCUCGAGAACCGCCGCAGCAAGCUCGUCGCCCGUCGCGACGGCCGCUUCUGGCGCACCUGCCAGGACUGUGGCUUCAAGGACCCGGACAGGGCCACGGUAUAUAGCUGCCGCUGCUGGCCAAAGCCGACUGCUGGGGUUGAGCAUAAGUUUGUGGACACGGAGAUUGACUUGGAUACCUUCAUGGGCAAUGAGCGGGGUGAGCUGGUAUGCUUUGGAGUCAAGGAGAGACACCGCCACGAGGAGUGCCAGCCCUGA